AUGGUGGCAAGGGUAAAGCUGAGAAGCGGCUCCCAAAGGAAUUGGCGAAACCGGCGAGCCUCCUGGUCAGUGGCGGCUGCCUGUUACGCUGGUUGCCAUUGCUUCGCUGAAAUGUCCAACCGGGCCAUCCCGCAGAACUCCCAGCGUGAUGCCCCACGGGUGCGAGGCAUAGAUGAAGGCCUUCGACGACGAGGGGAGAGCGGGCUAGCUCGGGACGACGACUCCGAUGCAGCAGACGCGACCGGCGCCAUUCCGUCCUCUUCAUCGGGUUACCGGAGCUGUUUGCGGGCCCUCUCUUUUCUUGGCAUUCAUCGGGCCUGUGGGCUCUUGACAGCGCGGAGACGGCAAAGAGAGGCUGCGCUCGCUGCACGGAGCGCAGGGACCGAGUUCGCCGCUGAGGCGACACUGGAGAGCUGUCCACCGCCAGUCCUCUACAAACAGCGAUGGGUGCAGCUGGCCUUCUUGGCCCUCUUAGCCUUGAUCAGCGACCUGGUGUGCUUCAGCGUCGCUGCCACGCCGGCAACUUGGACAAAGGUUUUCGGACAGGAUCCGGCCACCCUAAUUGACAUAUUUCUCUUCACAAACGUUUUUGCGUGCUUCAUCGAGCCAUUCAUCAUCCGCAACUUUGGGCUGCGCAUACCCAUUGUGGGUGCGGCUAUGCUCAUGGCAGUGGGAUGCUUUCUGCGAUCCGGCAUGCCCUUCCAGGGUGAUGAGCUGCCAGGCUACAACACGGUCGUAGCAGGCACCAUGUUGGUGGCCGUAGCGCAGCCGUUUUUCCAGUGCACGCCGCCCCUGCUGUCUGCAACCUGGUUUGCACCAGACGAGCGAGCAAUGUCUACGGCUGUGGCUAUCAACUUCAACCAGGUUGGCAUUGCUGCUGCCUUCAUCGCUGGUGGGGCCAUGGGCGGCUCCGAAGCCGGUCUCAAGACAUACUUCGUGACCAUCACCCUGGUUUCCGUGGUGGUCGCUGCAGCGUCCCUGUUCUUCUUUCGGGAGCGGCCCCCCACGCCACCGUCAGCAUCGGAGUUGGAGAAGUUGCUGGCAGAGAAGUCUUCGGGGACCCUUAAGACAGAGGUCGGAGACGACAGCAAGACAGCCGCGACAGCCAAUAAGCCGGAGGAGAGCUUCCCAAAAGAGGCCUAUCGGCUGAUUACCACUCCGGGCUUCCUGCCGCCUUUGGCGGCUUUUGUAACGUCCAUUGCUGUCACCAACGUAGUUGGCGCAUUCAUGGACCUGAAGCUGCAGCGUGCGGGCUUCAACGACCAGAUGGAGGUGGACAUGGCCGGGGCGGGCUUCGAGGUCGCCAUCGUGAUAGGUGGCAUCAUUCUUGGCGGUCUCGUCGACAGAAACAAGGAGUACAAGUCCGUGACCCUGUGGUGCAUCGCCGCGACGCUGGUGGGAGUGCUCCUGCUUGGCAUGGAGUCCUUGCCAAGGAGCGCCGCCCUGGCGGCCCUUUUGGCCAUUGGCUCCUUCGCAGGUCCGGUCCAACCGAUCAAUGCGGAGCUUGCAGUGGAGGUCACGUAUCCAUGUGACGAGAAUGCCAUCGAAGCCGUGCAGCAGCUUUGCGGAAACUUGAUCUCUGCCCUGCUGGUGCCCGUCUGCGAGUGGGCUGCAGAGCUGAAGAUUUCCCUGCCAGGUAUCGGUAGUUUGUCUGUGCGUGUCUGCGUGUGUGCAUGUGCGCGUGUGUGCGUGUGCCCGUGUGCGCGCGUGCGCGCGUGUGCGCGUGCGCGUGCGCGUGCGCGCGCGCCACCGCGGCUCUGUGUGUGUGUGUGUGUGUGUGUGUGUGUGUGUGUGUGUGUGUGUUUGUGUGUGUGUGUGUGUGUCUGUGUGUGUGUGUGUGUCUGUGUGUGUGUCUGUGUGUCAGUGUGUCUGUGUGUCUGUGUGUCUGUGUGUCUGUGUGUCUGUGUGUGUGUCUGUGUGUCUGUGUCUCUGUGUCUCUGUGUCUCUGUGUCUCUGUGUCUCUGUGUCUCUGUGUCUCUGUGUCUCUGUGUCUUUGUGUCUCUGUGUCUCUGUGUCUCUGUGUCUUUGUGUCUCUGUGUCUCUGUGUCUCUGUGUCUCUGUGUCUCUGUGUCUCUGUGUCUCUGUGUCUCUGUGUCUCUGUGUGUCUGUGUCUGUGUCUGUGUGUGUGUCUGUGUCUGUGUGUGUCUCUGUGUGUGUCUCUGUGUGUGUGUGUGUGGUGUGUGUGUGUCUCUGUGUGUGUGUGUGUGUGUGUGUGUGUCUCUGUGUGUGGGUGUGUGUGUGUGUGUGUGUGUGUGUGUGUGUGUUGUGUGUGUGUGUGUGUGUGUGGGUCUGUGUGUGUGUGUGUGUGUGUGUGUGUGUGUGUGUGUGUGUGUGUGUGUGUGUCUGUGUGUGUGUGUGUGUGUCUGUGUGUGUGUGUGUGUGUGUGUGUGUGUGUGUGUGUGUGUGUGUGUGUGUGUGUGUGUGUGUGUGUGUGUGUGUGUGUGUGUGUGUGUGUGUGUGUGUCUGUGUGUCUGUGUGUGUGUGUGUGUGUGUGUGUGUGUGUGUGUCCACCCUGUUUCGAAGGGAGAGAAGUAG